AGAGCUGAGGGGAGGGGGGCAGGUGUGGGGAACAGAUUAGCAGAAAGGGUCCUUAAUGACACGAGGGUCCCCAUCACCAGCAGGGCAAAGGGCAGGGGUGGUAUUGGGGUCUCCCUCACAGCAAGGGGGAUAUUGGGAUCCCCAUCACAGCAACAGAUGAGUGACACUGGUGUCCCAGUCAUGGGACAGUGCAGGGGUGAUAGCAGGGUCCCUGCAACUGGCAGGGUAGGGGUAGCACUGGGGUCCCUAUCGUGGCACAGGACAGGGGUGACAGUGGGGUCCCCAUCACCGGCAGGGCGAUGGGCAGGCUCUUCCUCAGGAUCCCCUCCAGGUGCUGCAGAUGGGCUGAGCACGUCAGGAUCUUCAUUGUCCUGCUGAGAGACCCUCAGUAACAGGGGGACAGGGCCACCAGGCAUGGCCCCUGUCCCUGUCCUCAUCCCUUUCCCCACGGUCCCCAUCUCCUCCAGCACUCACCCUGCAACAGUCCUGAGUCUGUGGGUUCUGGGGGGCUGUGGACUGGGAGUCUGGAGAAUGUGUGGCACUCGGUGACAAUGGUUACCACCAGCUGUCACGGGCCAGUGAGUGCCCCCUGCCUUGGGGGGCAGUGGGCAGGGUCCAUCCUGCUGAACACUGGGCACCAGGCCAGCCCUGUGGCCACCUGAGGACGGGUGCUCGGCUGGGACACUCUGGGACAUCGCCCCAGUGCCACCAGCUCCCCACGGAUCCUCGGUGUCACCACCUGCCCCACGGUCACGAAGCCAUGCUGAUCCUGAGGUGCCCAGCCCAGCUGCAGCUCCUGGAGGAGACCCUGCGGAAGAGCCUGCCCACCACCCUGCCGGUCUUGGGGACUGUGAUGACAGUGGCCAGGGGAAACCCGGCCUCCCACGAGGUGCUGGUGGACUCCUGGCCCAAUUUCGGCAUUGUCCUGACCCGCCUGUGCCCAGAGGACCACAGGGACCCCAGGGACUACUACACCAACCAGCUGUCUGUGUUCUACCGGGACAAGGGAGCCCUGCAGGCACUGCUGGAGGGCACCGAGGCGGUGACCCGGGAAAGAGCCUUCCAGAUGCUGGGGAUGCAGGAUGGGCUGGAUGAGGCCGUGCAGGAGGUGGCCAGUGCCAGGGGACUGAAGGUGGAGACGAUCCGGUACCGGGCGCUGAUGAGCCCCGAGCCCCCCCAGCCACGCAGGCAGAUGCCCUCGGGCCUGCGCCUGGCACCCGUGUCCCCAUCCCACGUCCCUCUGCUCAACGCCACGUGGGCCCUGGGGGGCAAUGCCCGCAGCCGGGCGUUCCUGCUGGGGCUGGUGCGGACGCUGCCCUCCGCCUGCCUGCUGGACCGGCGCGGCCGCCCGGUGUCCUGGAGCCUGCUGGACGGGCAGGGCUGCCUGCGCCACGGCUACACGGUGCCCGCCUGGCGCGGGCACGGCCUCACCGGGCUGCCGCUGGCCGAGCUGGGCCGGCAGCUGCACGCCCGCGGCUUCCCCAUCUACUGCGCCGUGCUGCCCCAAAACGCGGCCUCGCUGCACGCCCUGCAAGCCGUCGGCUUCGUGCCCCAGCCCGGAACAUUCUGCAUGAUCCUGGGCACCCCAAAGUAG